GUCGCAGGAAGUUAUUAGGCGGAUGGGGGCGGGAGUUACCGGCACCUCUGUCCAAUCAGAGCGAAGAGCUGACGCCGACUCCCCCCACACCGGACGUAAUGCUUGUCGUUCAUUGGCUGCGCGUCACACAUACCGCCUCUGUGAUGUUUUUUUGCUUUUUUGAAUGGACCGUAUCCGCCGCCAUUGACUGCCAACAAAGUGUGUAGUCAGUGGAGAGGAAGGCACGCUUCGUCACGUGCGUGGACUGCUCUUAAAAUGUGCGGCUUCAAGGAAUUAUACAAUAUGAAUAUCUGGCAAAAUAAGCUUCCGCUAAAAAAAUAUAUAUAUAUUUUUGAAAAGUGGCGUUUUUACACACGUCUAUUAUGAAGUAAUUACAACGGUAAAAACGGUGUAUUUUCAGUUGUUGUAAUUUAGACUAUUUACACAACUUCGUGGGGAAGGCGGGACCAAUGGCUGCAGCCGGGGCCCUCCUCCGCCUGUAAGCUAGUCGGGCUGUGUGUGCCACCCCGUUUGCCUCUUGUUACGUCUGACGUCUGAUGUAACGGCGACACACUGAAGGUUACGGCGUCCACCACGGGAUGCAGAAAAUGGGUUCACAUCGGAGAAGUAUCCGCUGCUCGGUCACCAUCUGACAGGAUGCACGUCGCUGAUUUUGUGUCCGGAUCACUUGCAGGAGCAUGUGGAGUUGCAGUGGGUUACCCUCUGGACACCGUGAAGGUCCGGAUCCAAACCCAGAGACAGUUCACUGGGAUAUGGCAGUGUGUCAUGGUGACGUUUUCAAAAGAAGGGGUGCACGGCUUCUUCAAAGGCAUCACAUUGCCCCUCGCCACGAUCUCCAUGACUUCCUCGGUGGUGUUCGGCACGUACAGGAACUGCCUGCAAUGUCUGAGUCAGGCGCGCAGAGCUGGUUGUGGUCCAAACACCAAGCCAGAAAUCUUCAUGUCUGGUAUGGCGGCGGGCGUGGCUCAGACGUCAGUGAUGUCCCCGGGUGACAUAGUGAAAGUGCGCCUGCAGUGUCAGACGGCGUCGAAGCGAGCAGGAGUCAGCGUGAACAAACCCCGGUACCGAGGUCCGGUUCACUGUCUGCUGACCAUUGUCAAAGAGGAGGGGCUCAGGGGCCUUUACAGAGGAGUGAUCCCGCUCAUGCUGAGGGACUCGUUGUCGUUCGCCACGUACUUUCUGACUUACGCGACGCUCUGCGAGUGGCUGACGGAGAGCGGCAACACAAGACCAAGUUGGAGUGGCGUGAUGCUGGCCGGCGGAGCAUCGGGCAUCGUCGGCUGGACGUUGGGGACCCCCAUGGACGUGAUCAAAGCGCGCCUGCAGAUGGACGGCGCGCAGGAGGGGAGGCGGUACAAGGGCUUGCUUCACUGCAUCACGGAGACCGUGAGGGUGGAGGGUGCGGGGGUGUUCUUCAAGAGCUUGGGCAUCAACUGGCUGCGCGCGUUCCCCGUCAACAUGGUGGUGUUUGCUACAUACGAGGGCGUCACCAGUUUACUCAAAGACUGACCCCCCCCCCCCCCCCUGUUGGUGUUUGUCCGUCUGUGUUUAAUGGAGAUGUUCGUAUACACAGACAUUGAGCAAGAAAGUGUUGGGCGCAAUGCAAUAUUUUCAUGGAAAGAUUGUGUUUUUAAUAUUUAAUUAGGGCGAGUAAUGUGUUCUAAUAUGCUCAGGGGGUGAUUUGUCAUUAAUAAGUCAUGUUGGUACCAUAGCUGUGACCGGCAAACCUUUUCACCACUAGAUGGCGUCCCCGUCCUGCCUGUUACAGCUUUUUUUUUAGUUCUCCUUUCGCUGUAAACUUAUUCUGCCCAGAAGAGCAGCAGCACCCAGAAAAACCUCAAGAGUUAUGAGAGAGUCUGUAUUCGACUGUAUUCAAGAACAUUCGAGGCCUUGAGAUCAGUGUUUUGUGAGUGAGCCGCUGCAUGUGUACAUAUUGUGUCAUCCAUCACUCAUUUCCAGCUCGGGAGCAAAACGAGUCAAGCAAAUAAAUACAAAUAAAAGAGAAUAUCUUGAUAUUUUAAGCACUGAUGAACUGGA